AUGAGCACUGACUUCAACCCAGCAUUAAUCCCACAGGAGCUCUCAGCUGGGGUUGAAGGGGGUAAUAUCCUGGAACAGUUACAAGAAAUCCGCGAUGUGAUCAAUGAAUUUGCAAAUGUCGAAACAUGGUCUGAGCCAUUCCGUCACAUCAUGGAAGGGGCGCUGGCCGUACAUCGUCUGCGGCUAUUGGAUCUGAGCAGACGCGAAGAGGUUUUGUUUCUGGAGCUAAUCGAAGGAAGAGGACUUCAUGUGAGAGCACACGACAGUCAGUGCUUCUUCUACUCGGAGUAUGGGCACUGGUCAGCUUAUAAUGGUGUUGUUCCUCAAGGAACACUGGCACGCUGCAAAACUUUUCUCAUGCAGUUGGAAGGGCUGUACUCCAUGUUCGACAACAAUGUUCUUCGAGAGAACGAAGGCAUCCUGGUUGCGGCACAGGAAUUAUUGCGACAAUACGGAGGGCGAUCGGAACAGCUCCUUGAAGCCUGCGAGAAAGCUGCCAUCUGUCGUGUCCCUCCAACAAAAACCAAGCAGCAGGGCCACGGCGAAGAUGAUACUCCCGCGCAAGCUGCAGUUGGCAUGCAUUGGACUGCCGUCAUGGCGAACACCAUUGGUAAACUGUACGUGAAAUUGCAGACAUCUCUGCUGAACGACAGUGUCAUCAAGUAUUACAUCGAGUGGUGUUCGAUAGAUGUAUGUCAACAGGGUGGCUUCUGCACCAUGGAUGGCUGCUUCGUUUUCGACCCACGUGGCGGCUUGAAGGCUGUUCCAAAGUCUCCUCAAAGGAAUGUGUACGUGCACCUGCCACAUCGCAUGCUGGACCCGGUAGCGGAUGAUGUGAAGAACCGACUCGACAUGUUCUGGAAAACCACUUACUGGGGGAACGCACCUGCGUUUGACGUCUGUAUGGCUUCUCUCACAUUGGCUUUUCGUGGUGAAAAUGUGGACCGCGCAUUCUGGGGCGUGGGAUCAGGCGGCGUGGGGCAGAGCUUACAGACUGCUCAUUUGGAAGCCAUUCUCGGCAACUAUCACUCGUGCCUGGAUAUGAAUAUCUAUUUCAUAGACGAGGAGAUGCGCAAGCAGGCCGCCAACCUGGUCGGCAAGAUUGUCGUCACCGGCCAGGAGAGUGUCCAAGGAUCGAGACGACCGAUGCGAGAAGACAUCUACAAGAAACACAUUUCGGCUGACAAAGUGCCUGAACGCUUGCCCUAUGCCAUUCGGACUGGCUUGGUGGAGCUUCGUGGUUGGAAGCGCUUUGAGCUGAACGCUUACCCCAAGUUCGCUGGAGUUACAGAGGAGAACAUCAACUCCAUCAUGCGCCGUACAGCGGUAUGUCGUUACAAGGCUACCUUCGUAGAUGAAGCCAGGAUCAAGGGUCGUGAAGUCCAGGCUGCCGCCAGUGGCAUUUUUCCGAGGGAUCCCACAUUGAAGGAUUUCCUCCGAGACAAACCUGCGUGCUUGGUGACUCUGCGGUGUAUCUGGAACUAUGCGCGUGGGCGCACUGCCGCUGAGUGUCGUGCAGUCCUUGAGAACUAUGUGGUUCAUGGAGGCGACCGUGGUCUAACAGCUGCAGCUGUACGAUCCAGUUGUGGUCUUUCUGUCCGGGAAGGCCCUGCAGCAGAUGCGAUUGAUGAAGCUUUGAAACUUCCGCAUCCAGGCGAUGACGAUCCGAUAGCAGCAGCGGCCCGAGCGCAGAGGAAGUGGCAGAUGAAGUCUAUGCAGGUGAUCAUGGACUGGCUUAUAGAUGAAAGCAAAGACUGGUUUACAGUGGCUCAGCUCCGGAGUACGAAGACAAAGGUCGUUUUCUCCUUCAACCGAUCAGAUGCACAAGAGAAAGUAGACGAACUAGUUGCAGCAGGGCUACUGAUAUGUGAGACAACGAUUCUCCCAAAAGUAAGCAAGACCUUCAUCUAUGUUCCACGAAUAGCCACGCAGAAAGCCCUAUCAGAAGUGAUUCCUCUCGAUCACGAUCAGAACAUGGUCUUCACAGAAGAGUGCGACUGGAACCGGAUGCGAAGUCGACUGGGGCCAGAUACGUCUCGCAUGUUGAACAUGAAGACACUUACUCAAGGUUAUCGACAGAGACACGUACCCGAAGGCUCGAAACGAGGCCGAGGUGCGCCCAGCAAGCGGAUCACCGGGAGCGAAACCGACAGAAAGAUGAAGGAGGAGUUACAAGUCGCAAUGGACAGAGAUGCUGCCAUGUGUCGAGAAGUCCGAGAACUCGUAGAAGGAGGAGAAGAAUCUGCAGACCACAAAGUAGCGAUGCAGCGUCAUUAUUUCUACCCAGUGACGACCAGAUGUCGCCGCUUCCUCAAAACGAACGGUGCACAGAACUGCACUCGCCUGACGAG